AUGUCGAGACUCCAUGGCGCCACACAGCAGUCGCAUAUUUCACAGGCGCUGCGAGCCGAAGGGGCAAUCGCCUCCGCGACCUCUCAGAAGGCGGCACUGGCGGCAGCCAUAGAUGCCGCCGAAUCUUACAUGAAAGCCCUUCGUCUGGCCUCUUCAGAUGACAAGAAACAACUCGAUUCCAAAUGCAAGGAGCUCCUGACCCGCGCGGAACGGAUUAAGACUGCCGCGGACUGGCAGUCUGUAGCCCGCCAGAACACAAUUAUCAGCCUACGGGCCCCCACAUCCAAGCGCAAGCUCACAACUCGUGAGCAGAUCAUUGUGCUAGAAGGGGCUAAGCUGAAUGGUUUCAUCUUUCCCCCAUGGCAACGGCCCCCAGAGGCAGCUGAAUUCGACAAGUCAUUCAUCGACUCGCCCGAUUUGCAUCUUUCAGAGUGCCAGACUAAAAUUUUUGCGGGAUGGAAGCGCCCAUCUGAUUUGCUACAUGCGAGAAACGCGGCAAACGAGACCCAAGAUGCCGUCCAGCCGGUCAUGUCCGUAACAGGGACGACCGACCUCGUCCAAGAUGUCCUGACGGAUUGUUCAGUAAUAGCCAGUCUUUGUGCUGCUACUUCGCGAUCAGAACGCGGUCUCGGUAGGCAUGCUGCACCGGUUAUGUAUCCUUCCGAGCAGAAUGGCGAAGAACCGUCUCUAUCAUUAUCAGGCAAAUAUGUAUUUUCGUUCUAUUUCAAUGGGUCCUUUCGGAAGGUAGUUAUCGAUGACAGGCUGCCAUCAUCCAACACGAAACGAUCACUCCAUGUGAUCGAUCGCAACAAUCCCAAUUUUCUGUGGCCAGCCCUGGUUGAAAAGGCGUACUUGAAAGUCCGCGGAGGGUAUGAUUUCCCCGGAAGCAAUUCUGGGACGGACCUUUGGGUACUGACGGGCUGGAUUCCCGAGCAACUUUUCCUCCACAAUGAGGAUGCUACCUCCGAGCAGAUCUGGGGUCGUCUAUAUCGACCGUUCUCCUGCGGCGAUGUGGUGCUGACCAUUGGAACUGGCAAGCUGACUGAGCGGGAACAACGAGAGUUGGGCUUGGUCAGCGAGCACGAUUAUGCUAUCUUGGACAUGAAGGAAAACAACGGCCGUCGUCAAUUCCUGUUGAAGAAUCCUUGGGCUGGGGCCGAGCCAACCAUCAUACAGAGCAGCGACUCGGCGUUGCAAGACCCGUCCAGUCCGCCAUCACCUCUAUCACCAGGAAUUUUUUGGAUGGACUGCGAGCAGGUCUUCCAGAACUAUGAGAAUCUCUAUCUCAACUGGAACCCUGGCCUCUUCAAAUUUCGUGAAGACAUUCAUUUUACCUGGGAUCUCUCGCAAGGCGGUGUCAUGGCUGGUUGCUUUGUCAAGAACCCCCAAUUUUCGGUCUACAGUGAGACCGGAGGAACCGUGUGGCUUUUACUUGGCAAACAUUUCAAAACAGACCAUCUCCAGUACCUCAAGAGUCAAAAUGGGGAAUUGGGCUUUAUUAGCAUUUAUAUCUUUGAAGCAGGUGGCAAACGAGUAUCUCUGAGUGACGGAGCGCUCCACCGUGGACCCUAUGUGGACUCUCCCAACACGCUGAUGCGACUCGAACUACCCCCAAGAACAACCUACACGGCAGUGAUCUCGGAACAGUCUCUCCCGUUACUAAGCCAAAAUUUUACACUCUCGGCACUCUCGAUGGCCGAGGUAUCACUGGCGCCCUCAAGAGAUAAACACUUGUGUUUAAAUAAAGUAACUGGUUCAUGGACAGCUUUAACUGCGGGCGGGAAUGCCGAGUCAGCGAGAUAUUCUUCCAAUCCCCAGUUCAGUCUUCAAGUCUCCGAGAAAACAGACGUGUCUAUUUUGCUCGAGUCGAGCGAAGCCGAACUUGCAACUCACGUAAAACUUUUCUGGUCUAAUGGCCAACGAAUCGCGAGAGUGCGGAGUCGAGAUAUUAUCGCCGACAGUGGUGACUACCGCCGGGGAUGUGCUCUUGCCGAGACAUCGUCACUUGAUAAGGGGGUUUAUACAAUCAUCUGCUCUACGUUUUCCCCGGAUCAGCUUGGUCGGUUCACGCUCUGGAUUUCAUCUUCGAUCCCUUGCGUCAUACAGCCAUUGGCUGGUGAGUCGGCAGGCCGCCGUAUCACCCGGUCCAGUGUCGGAGUUCUCACACCGGGACAAGACCGGAUGCUUGCUCCUCUCAAGGUGCCUCGACUCACACGGAUCAAGCUUAUCGCGAAGAACAAGCUGUCUGUGAUCGGAACACGUCCUGUCGCCCCGUCGCCGGUGCUCAUGACCGUGGAGUUAGGCCAGGGGCCGUACAAGGAGACUCUCGCUACUUCCGAAGAUGGUGCCCACUGUGAUGCUGUAUCAGGGGUGCGGGUAGAAGACUUUGAUUUGUCGCCAAAUCCAGACUCGUACGGCAAGGUGUGGAUUGUUCUCGAACGCAUUGGCGGGCCUGGUGGGCAGGUAGAAGAUCACUUCGAGGUCGAGGCUCUCGCUGAAGAACGAGUCGAGAUUGGCGAGUGGAUUGUGGAAGAUCCGUGA